AACCAUAUGAAUCACACCAACAUUAAUAUUCAUUCUCAAAAGAACAAAAAAUAUUAUUAUUGGAACUGAGAAUAUGGCCGACAUGAUACUGAAGAGGUCCCUGCUCUUCUCGCUCAUCGCCAUUAUUAUUUUAGCCUUAGCCUCAUGCUCACAUGGGCUGAAAUUGAAUCAAACACAAAAAAGCCAGCCUCUUUCUUUAUCCCCAACAUCAGCCAUACUCAACUACCAUGGAGGCCCCCUCCUCACCAGCUCAAGUACCAUCAAUGUCUACCUUGUUUGGUACGGCUCCUUCUCUCUCAAUGAUAGAACCACCAUUAACGAUUUCUUUAAUUCCUUCGACCCUUCAAAGACUUCCUUUCCACGCCAAGGACCCCCCACCGUCUCAAAAUGGUGGGAAACAAGCCGAGCAUACAAAGACAGCGCUGGGAAAACAGUCCCAACUAGUGUCAGAGUCGCCAAACAAAUCAGUGACAUAUAUUCUUUAGGGAAGAACAUAAAGCGUGCCCAAAUAUCCAGUUUUGUCGUCAACAAGAUCGAAAAAAAAGUAUUGCCUUUGGAUUCAAAUGGUAUAUACUUGGUUUUGACAGCUAAAGAUGUGAUUGUGGAGAGGUUUUGCAUGGGCUCGUGUGGAUUCCACGACAGCAUAGUAUUAUCUACGACGAGCAAGGUUGUUGUGGCUCAUGUUGGGGACCCUUCGGUGCAGUGCCCUGGUCUGUGUGCAUGGCCAUAUGCGGUUCCAGCCUAUGGCCCUCCUGGUCAGGCUCUGGUGGCACCCAAUGGGGUUGGCACCGAUGGAUUGGUUAUAAAUAUAGCAACCAUUCUUGCAGGGUCAGCUACGAACCCAUUCAAGAAUGGUUAUUACCAAGGUGAUGCUUUGGCACCAUUGGAGGCCGUCACGGCAUGUCCAGGUAUAUUUGGAGCAGGAGCUUAUCCUGGAUUUCCUGGGAAUUUGGUUGUCGAUAGGAUAAGCAAAGCCAGUUUCAAUGCUUUUGGUGUUAAUGGCAGAAAAUUUCUUCUUCCUGCGAUGUGGGAUCCCAAGGGCUUGAGUUGCAAGGUCGUUGCUUGAAAGAUUUCAAGAGUGAUGCAGCAUAUAAAGGUUAAAGGGUUAUAGAUCAACAUUCGCAAAGCACAUAUUGUUGAAUACCAGGCAUGAAAUACGAAUAAGUGUGUAGACCUAUCCGCAGCCAAGUUAAUUGGUCGUUCCAAAUAUAUAUGUUAGAAACUGUAAUAUUUACAAAAGUUUUAAGUUUUGAAAAAACCAUAAAUAGAAUUAUAGAAAUGAAGAUAUUUGUUAAUCAUAA